GGGACUUUUAUUUUGGUGUGGUGCUAUAACGUCAUAAGGCCGCGCCGUAUGUUGUGAAUCUGCUGAAGAAAGGAAAACUCCCGGAGAAACAUCUGGGAUCCACGUGACACUAUUAUAAAGAUGGCGUUGAUUAAACAGGAGAGUGAAGACUUAAAGAUUGAAGAAGUGUUCAGCGUGAAACAAGAAGAAACUGAGGAACAAACAGACCGGAUGCAGCUGAAAGAGGAGAGUCAAGAAUUGAUGGAAAUGGAAGAGAGAAAUCAGCAACAGAAAGAUCAUUAUUACAAAACUGGAGAAACCUCUUUUAAUUGCUCAGUGACAAAAAAGGUUUCCACACGAAAAAGUGCUUUGAAAAGUGAUUUCCCCUGCCAACAGGGUGGGGAAAAAAUCUCUCAAGGACACUUCAAAGUCCACAUGAAAUGUCACACUGUAAAGAAGCCUUUCACCUGCGAUCUGUGUAGAAAAAGCUUCUCAAGAAAAAAUUAUCUUAAGACUCACAUAAGAUUUCACACUGGAGAGAAGCCAUUCUCAUGCCCUCAGUGUGGAAAGAGUUUUUCACAUAAAGGACACUUGACGAUCCACAUGAGAAUUCACACCAGAGAAAAGCCAUUUACAUGUGAUCAGUGUGGGAAAAGCUUCUCACGAAAAGGAAAUCUUAAGACUCACAUGAAAAUUCACGCCAGAGAGAAGGCAUUCACAUGUGAUCUUUGUGUGAAAAACUCUUUCCACUCUGAACACUUGAAGGACCACAUGAAACUUCACACUGUAGAGAAGCCUUUCACCUGCGAUCUGUGUAGAAAAAGCUUCUCACGAAAAGAUUAUCUUAAGACUCACAUGAGAAUUCACACUGGAGAGAAGCCAUUCUCAUGCCCACAGUGUGGAAAGAGUUUUUCACAUAAAGGACACUUGACGAUCCACAUGAGAAUUCACACCAGAGAGAAGCCAUUCACAUGUGAUCAGUGUGGGAAAAGCUUCUCACGAAACGAAAAUCUUAAGAUUCACAUGAAAAUUCACACCAGAGAGAAGCCAUUCACAUGUGAUCAGUGUGGGAAAAGCUUCUCAAGAAAAGAUUGUCUUAAGACUCACAUGAGAAUUCACACUGGAGAGAAGCCAUUCUCAUGCCCUCAGUGUGGACAGAGUUUUUCACAUAAAGGACACUUGACGAUCCACAUGAGAAUUCACACCAGAGAGAAGCCAUUCACAUGUGAUCAGUGUAGAAAAAGCUUCUCAAGAAAAGAUUAUCUUAAGACUCACAUGAGAAUUCACAGCGGAGAGAAGCCAUUCUCAUGCCCACAGUGUGGAAAGAGUUUUUCACAUAAAGGACACUUGACGAUCCACAUGAGAAUUCACACCAGAGAGAAGCCAUUCACAUGUGAUCAGUGUGGGAAAAGCUUCUCACGAAACGAAAAUCUUAAGAUUCACAUGAAAAUUCACGCCAAAGAGAAGGCAUUCACAUGUGAUCAGAGUGGAAAGAGUUUUUCACACAAAGAACACUUGAAGGACCACAUGAAACUUCACACUGAAGAGAAGCCUUUCAACUGCAAUCGGUGUGGAAAAAGCUUUUCACGAAAAGACAAUCUUAAGACUCACAUGAGAAUUCACAUCGGAGAGAAGCCAUGUUCAUGUGAUCAGUGUGGAAAGAGUUUUUCACACAAAGAACACUUGAAGGACCACAUGAAACUUCACACUGAAGAGAAGCCUUUUACCUGCAAUUUGUGUGGAAAAGGCUUUUCACGAAAAGACAAUCUUAAGAUUCACACGAGAAUUCACACCGGAGAGAAGCCAUUCUCAUGCCCUCAGUGUGGAAAGAGUUUUUCACAUAAAGGACACUUGAAGAUCCACUUGAAAAUUCACACCAGAGAGAAGCCAUGUUCAUGUGAUCAGAGUGGAAAGAGUUUUUCAAACAAAGAACACUUGAAGGACCACAUGAAACUUCACACUCAAGAGAAGCCUUUCACCUGCAAUCAAUGUGGAAAAAGCUUCUCACGAAAAGAAAAUCUACAGUUUCACAUGAAAAUACACACUGGAGAGAAGCCUUUCACAUGCUAUCAGUGUGGGAAAAGCUUCUCACGAAAAGAUAAUCUUCAGAAUCACAUGAGAAUUCACACUGGAGAGAAGCCAUUCUCAUGCCCACAGUGUGGACAGAGUUUUUCACAUAAAGGACACUUGAAGAUCCACUUGAAAAUUCACACCAGAGAGAAGCCAUUCACAUGUUAUCAGUGUGGGAAAAGCUUCUCACGAAAAGAAAAUCUUAAGACUCAUAUGAGAAUUCACACCAGAGAGAAGCCUUUUACAUGUGAUCAGUGUGGGAAAAGCUUCACACGAAAUGAAACUCUUAAGACUCACACAAAAAUUCACACCGGAGAGAAGCCGUUCACAUGUGAUUAGUGUGGGAAUAGUUUCAGAUGUGAAAUAACUCUUAAAACCCAUAUGAGGAUUCACUCAACUGUUUAAUGUUGUAAGUGUGGAAGGUGCUUCACAGAUGGCAAACUCCUGAAGAAUCCUGUAAUAACUCACACCAAAGAUAAAUCUUUCACCUGCCCUCAUUGUGGAAAGAGUUUCGCAGCUAUGGGAAACGACUUUAACGAGAUGCCUGGGUUGCAACUGUACAUCGGGUUACAACUUUACUACGGGUUAUGACUCGGAUUACGACUGUACAACGGGUUAUGACUCGGAUUACGACUGUACGACGGGUUACGACUCGAGUUACGACUGUACGACGGGUUACGACUCGGAUUACAACUGUAACCGAGACGCUGUGUCGAGAAUCGACAAUUUGGGGAAUGCCUUGAGCGGAACGUGUCUGAAGCCUCUAUGGAACUAGUCCAAUCUUGAUUGGUGUUCCGUCAUGACGUCACCCAUGAUAUUGCAUGUGACGGUGAUGCGGAAGCUAUAAAAGGGUGUCGUAUCAUAACAGCGUCAGCUUCUGAUUGGUCAAAGCAAGUCAUUCUCAGUAGCACGAGAAAUGUGGCUGAGGGACGCAGGGUCUCGUUCCCUUCUCAGGUUAAUGUUUUAUUAAGGUGUGUGGGUAGGUCCAGUCUGCGGCAUCACAGACCUAUUGAAGGGAAACUCCUUGCUAGCAGAGCUUUAGAGGAAGCCACAGUUGAGUGGGCUCAAAGGCAAGAUGUGCGCCUCGUAAGCUGAAGAAAUAGUUUCUACUAUCCGCCUGCUGAUAGUUUGCUUUGAAGCAGGGGAACCCUUCUUAGGUGACCCAAAAGACAUGAGUAGCUGGAAUGGCUCUCAUUCUGCCAGGAGCGAACUCGAGGCAAGAGUGAGCAACGGAUAGUGCUUGCAGAUCGCCAACUCUUUUCAGGGAAGUAAUAGUGGGCAGGAAAGCUACCUUUAAAAUUAAGAUUUUCAAAAAAAUUCUCUGACAUGGUGAUCCAGUACAGGACCCCCUGGGACAGGAACCACGUUUUCUUCCACAUUACCAAAAAACGAAGGCAUCAGCGUGUUACUUUGAUCGUGGGAAAUGGGUUCCCCCUCGGGGAAAACCCUCUGGUCCUGAGCCACCAAGCCUUUUGUGGGGGAGCACAAGAAGCAACACUUUCCCUCUGCUGCUGCAGGUGUGAGGAGCUAACAGCUGCCUUGAGGGACUGCGCCCUGGCAGCAGACCCACGAGACCUAGAACGACGGCAGGGGAUAAGAUGUUGGAAUGUGGCUGACUGUCAUUUCAUCUUCUGAAAACUCUUGUGUCGCUGAUGAGGCCAGAAGACGAAAUCAGGGCAUCGAGGAGAAAGGCCCUGUCCUUGUCCCCAAUGCCAGACAGAUUCAGCCACAAAUGUCUCUCCGUGGCUACCAAAGCUGCCAUGGAGCGGCCGAUGGCGUGGGCCAUCUCCUUAUUAGCACAGAGAGAUAAGUUGUCCGCUCUACGGAUCUCUUGGAUAUCGUCAAGGGUGACCUCCCCACUGUCGUCCACCUCUUUGAGGAUGUCGGCCUGGUAUGCCUGCAGAAGCCCCAUUGUGUGCACCAGCCCGAACUUCCGCCUUUAUAUGCUUUCCCAACUAAGGCGGAUGUUGUACGGCAGGGCUUAUGUUGUACCAGCAGCCAUAUCACCCUGUAGCCCAAGACUGGUUGCCCACUGAAGCUAAGCAGGGCUGAGCCUGGUUAGUACCU